AUGGAUAAGGCGAAUAUUGUAAAUACCUUUACAGAAAUUAUUGACCAGUUGAGAAAUACCGAAUGCAGCCAAGAGGAGAAAAUUGCUUGCUUCCAACGCAUUGCCGAAUUUAUCACUGCACCGGCAAUGGCUACUCAGCUCAAUUAUGCUACUUAUAUAAGUAAGGCCACCAAUGUAUUGCUAUUGUUUUGUGAAGAUUUGGAUUCGAUAAUUCGUAUGAGUGCUGAAGAGAAUUUAAACAAAAUAUUUCGAGUGCUGGAGCGAACGCGGGUUAAUCGCAUCUUAAUGGAUUUAUAUGGCGAAAUUAAAAGAAAUGGCAACCAAAGAUCCUUGCGUAUAUGUUUAAAAAUAUUUGCAUAUUACGCGCAAAAUAUACGGGAACAUCAUAUACGAUGGUAUGCUCAAAAUUUAUUGCUUUGCAUGCAAGUUAUAGCUAAACGCAAGGAAACUCAACUUCAAGAAACUCUUAGCGAAUUUGUGGUUAAAUUUGGCAAAUAUGUUCAGCAGGGUCUCACAGACAGUGAAACAUGUAAAUUGUUCGAGAUUUUCAUAUUUAACGUAAGCUCUGAUUGCCCCGUUAAGAGAAGAUCGUCUGCCCAAAAUUGCAUCAAUUUAAUAGAACAUGCUCGAAAUAAGAAAUUAAUGGGCGAAUACGCUUUAAACAAAAUAAUGGAUUUACUUUUAACUGAUCAACAAAACACUACAAUUAUUGGUGCUUUAGGUUUUUUACGACAACUCAUUCCAACAAUUGUGCGGACAUUUGCUGAUGAGCGCUGGAACGACAGUGAUAGUUCUCAUUCAUUCUCAAAAUCUUCAGAGAAUCUGAAUUCGGGAGAGUUCUAUCAAAUUCUUGAAAUCUAUGAUUAUUGCCUGUAUCUGGUUAGAUCCAGCUCAACACAAAAUCAUACUAUCAUUAACGCAUCACUUGAGGUUAUUAAUGCUGUACUUCAGUGUACGAACGGUUCAACAAGCAAUGAUAACAGUCAGCAGAAAAAUAUUGGAGUGCUGCUUAAACAUAUAAUUGUUGAUAAAAGCCUACAACAUGCUGUUGUUUUGAAGAAACCGAACACCUUAAAAAAUCAAAUAUUAAAUUUAUAUAAUUCAGAAGAAGAAAAUUGCUCCUCAAGCUUUAACUCGCCAGCUAGAGCUUCGUUCCAUGCAACUAUUUCGGGGGAUAGUCCAAAAGAUCGAACAAAAGGUAGCGCGAUGCGGGUUUCAAGCGACAUUGCAUGGCGAACAGAAACGUGUAAGCAACAACAACAGGAGGAGCACGAACCAGAGAGGGAGGGACAACUACCUCAUAAAAGACACACUGCACGUAGUGUUAGUGAAUGUGUCGACAUAGAUUAUGUAGAUGAGGAAGCACAAGACGAUGAUGACGAUUUUACAACUUUGUCUGAAAUAAAUGAAACGCAACAACAUACGCAUUCAUCGUUGGCAAAUAUGGAUUUAACCACAACUACUAACUCCACUGCAUUGUCGUUAGAUUCUACAAUUGACGACAAUAGCAACGACGCUAUUUCCGGGCAUUGCGACGAAAGGACGUACUCACGAAGUUUGCUUGUCAACUUUUCUGAUGAAAAGUCAAAUCAAUUGUGCAACAUCGACACGGAUUCUGUCAAUAGCAUUGAAUUUAAAGCAAAUAUCUCAAGAGGCUUAGUUGUUGAAGGAAUUAAUCAGGCUGUUGCUGCCGACGACGGAUAUGUUAAUGAACGUAAUAAAAGAAAGAAUGACAGCAUUAUAUUGUCUGCAAAUAAAUCAAGUAGCAGUAAUAGCAGCACUGAUGCGUUUCAAACUUUCUUUAACAACAUCAAUGCAGCUUCUGAGUCUGUUUCAAAAUUGUUUCGUCAUUCAUCGAAACUUCGAUCGCCUACAGCAACAGAUACGGCAUCGCUUACUUCUACUGCCACCAGUGAUAGUAAACGCUUGGAGUCCGAUAUCGAAGUAAUUGAUGUGUCUUCGCCUGAUACAAGCAAAACAUUUCCGACACCGUCAACCGCUAUAUUGGAUGGAUUUGACAGUAACGAAGUUUCAUACAAUAAAGCUAAGGACUUUGAAAGCUAUAAAGAAUUUCCAAUGGAAAGCACUCCUUUAAAGAGAUCAAUUAGGAAUCCAUUUCUCGCAAAUGAUUCAUCGUUUAAAGAUUCAUCAAGCUGCAUUGAACCACAAUUGCCAGUGGAUAUUGGAUCUAUGUACGUCCAAUCAUUGAUCUUUUAUACAGCUCGUUUAAUAUCGGCUCGUUUCUUGUUAACGGGCUCAUUGUACAGUAGGCGCAACGAUUCCAAUGUCAGAGUUUCAAUCAAAAGUAUAAGUCUAAAUGUCUUAUCCCAAUGCGUGCGUCUAAAUCCGGAAAUACUACAAAUACCUUUAAAAUUUAUGUCUUCGGAAAUAAUUACUUGCGUUACAAAGACAUCCGAAGACAACGAUCGCUGUGGCAUGUCGAAUAUAGAACAAGGUUGUGAACACUUAAGUGCUUCUGAUAGUGGCGGCAAUACCUUGGACGGGACUGAUUUCGUAAGAAGAUCUUCAUUUUCAUCGCAGUUAAACGUUUUAAAGACGGAAGCGGAAGAAGUGACGUUGCUAGAAAUUAAAGACGACCAUUUCGGUAAAAGUUCAAAUGAUUUUAAUUUUAACCCAGUGAUAGCGAAAAGUGCCGAUCCUGUUUUAUUUAAAUCUUCUAAGGAAGUCUACGAUGAACGAAAAAGUUUGGAGAGCAAAAAAAAAAUAUUAAGUACGUCCCAUAUUGACGAUUUAGAUGAAUUCUCAAAUGUGGAUAAGGACACGAUUCCUAUAAUACUCCCGCCGAAGCCUCCAAAAAGAGUGAAGUCCUUAAGAAAAUCUAAAAUUAUAGAAAAUGCAAGGGAAAGGGAAUUUCCAGACAAUAUUAAGUGGAAAGCAGAUGGCACACAAUGCUUAUCGGAUAUGCUAUAUUUAUAUAAUCAUCACGAUCCUAUUUUAAGGGCAGGCAUUCAAAAUAUUAUCGGAAAUUAUUUACUUUCCAAUCAAGUUGGGCUUGUUGUGGACAUGAAAAUCAAUUUACAGUAUCUGUUAGCUAUUUUGUGCGCGGGCCUGGAAGACGAAAUACAUACUGUGGUUGUACAAGCCUUGAAUACAUUCGAUAAAAUAUUUCCGUAUGUAAUGUCUAAAUACUCAAAAUCACCAUCACGUCAGUGCAAUAGACAACAAAGCAAGGAAGAUGGGCAGAAACCAAACAAAAAUGUGGGAUGUCAAGAAAACUCAAAAACGAAACCGACGGCAGGAGAAGAUUACCACUGCAGUUGCUGCUGUUACUGUUUCUCAAGUGUAUCAGAUGCAGACAUGACGUUGCCCGACUUUUUUCAAGAGUCGAGCGAAAAAAAUAUUUUCAGACAUUUCGCAGAUAAUGAUGAAGUUAUAUCAAUGCUGUUGAAAGCUUUCCAAUUGCAGUCGAAAUUCAACUGUAGCAUCAAUAGCAGUUGUGCACAAUUGUCUUCGGCAAUUGAAACUGAAAUGUUAGUCAAUGAAAAAAGAACAACGACUGCUGGAGUCAGUAUUGGAGAUACUGGAGCUGAUUAUAGUACUAGCCAGAAAAAUAAUGCCGAAGAACUUAAAUCGCAGCAACAAAAAGCACCAACAUCGUCUUUUGUUCAUUGCCGUUCCCGUUUAUUUUUCAUAUCACCGAAAUUGUUGUUAAUCAAACUUCGUCUAUGUCAUAACAACAAGUAUUGGUUGGUCCAAACUAAAUACGCUGAAGUUAUUUCGAAUUUAAAUUUUUCUGCUAUGCACACCUAUAAUGAAAGCUGCUACAAUAGCUUUAGGGAUGAUUUCGACAAUGCGGAUUAUAUUUGCUCUUUAAAGAAUUCAUUUAUGGAUGAACUUUUGCAAUUGAUUGGCGACGAUGAUGUUCGUGUCAGAGAACAGGCCGCCAAAUGUCUAUGUCAUUUCAUCGUGCAAAAUGCCAAACAAGAUAGAUUACACAACGUUAUUAAUAGCCAGAGCGACCAUAGUAAUAUUCCCUGUACUACUACUACUGCUACUGCGACUACUACUACUACUACUACUAUAUUUGCUUACAAUAUCAACUUUCAGCUUCUGGCAAAUUUCUUUGACUAUAGUAUAUUUAAUGAUAUGGCACCGUCUUUACGAUAUAUAUUUGAUAAUAAUUUGAUGUUUACGAAACCAACAACAACAACGGUAAUUAGCCACAACUCUAUGGAAAACCAUCUACACAGAGAAUACAUUGAAGGAAUUUUAUCUACAAUUCUUUAUCGCAUGACUAAUAAAUUAAUGUCUCUUCAAGAUAAGAAUGCUCAGUAUGGAAUCAUUUAUGCGAUUAAAAUCUUACUUAAACAUUUUACUUUGACCGACUUCGCUAAUGUUUGGUUCGAGUUUAACUUUAUGGAAAUCUUUACGAAAUUUUCGCAAUAUAAUUACAGUACAGCUCUUGACUUAACUUGUCAAAGUGAUUUGAUUGAUGUUAGCAGCAAAUUAAUAGUUGGCUGUAUAAUAUUUAAUCCCGAUGUACAACAGUAUCGUGAUUCAAAUCUAUGUCUGCUUAAGCACACAAUGAAAAUAAUAAAUAUCUACUAUCACUUGUUUACCAAUCAAAAGCCUUUAAUUAUGGCCAAAGGCCAAAAAAUGGAUUUGUUUAGUAACACCAAAGAAUUGGCCAUUACUCAAAGCAUAGGCUAUUUUGGCAGCGAGUAUAUCUACAUGAAACUGUAUCAGAAUUUAAAAAGUGCUUAUGACAAUUACAGGAUUACCAUUAAUGAGGAAGCCGGCAGCAAAUUAAUUUCCCUUUUAAAAUCAAGUUUGAAUUCUCUGAAUGCUUGUAUUGAAAUGCUGCCGCACGACGGUAAUAAGUAUGUUGGUGUUAGCGGCGUAAAUAAUGGUAGUAACGGUGGUGGUGGUUUAGCCAAAAAUGCACCGGAUGCUAAUACUGUGUUGCCUGCAGCUACAAAUGCAUUGGCUGCAGUGCCAGGGUUGAAAUUAAUUGAAGAAACUCUACAGUACUUGACCAAAGUCAUAAAUUAUGCACCCGAAGAGUGCAUUGCAUGUCUGAGACAACUGUUGAAAUAUUUGUUUGCUAGAAAUUAUGGCAACAGGCAGCAAGGGAGCAGACAACAACUAAACUUGCAGCAGCAUGAGCAAAAGCGAGGCCAUUAUCUGGCAUUUACAAAGUCGUAUUUCACAGCCAAAACUAAAGGAUUGCAGAAUAUCAUUAGAGAAGAUGUUGAAAGUCAUCAAACUAAAACGACAACAACGGCUACAAUCGAAAUCAAGCAACCACCACCACUGUUAUCAUCUUUAACAUGGGGAUGUGCUCACUCAGUAGAUGGUAAUAAAUGUGGUAACGAUGGGAGCAAUAACAUGCCCUAUAAUUAUCUAUUGUUGGUUGAGCUAUUUGCUAGUGGCUGUGAGUUUCGCACUUGGAAGUCAGAAAACGAAGCUGAAUUCUCAAAACAUAUUAAAUUUUUUGAACCAAUAGUUAUAUAUUGCUUAACGCUGUUCCUUAAAAGCAAUGGCCGCGUACAAGCUUCAAUACUGGACCUACUGACGUUGCUCUUGGACUUAAACGUAACAUACAACAAUUUGGAUGCAAAAAAUGUCAUAUACGAUCAUGUUAGAAAGAGCUUAGAUAUUAUCGAAAAUGGUAUAGCGCGCAAUGGGCAAAUAGUUAUAGGUCCAAUGAUCAGGUUUCUGGUAAAAUUAUCGUCAAAAAGUGAACGUAACGUGAUCAGCAUGCCAAAAAUUAUUAGCAUAACCAACAACUUGCUGGCCAAUUGUAAUAUACGAGAAACCGCAAUUGAGGCUUUAAAAACUUUAGCCUAUGAAUUGUUUCUCAUCGCGACAAACAAUCCGAAAAAUGCAUUAAGAAAUAUUGCCUCCAGCGAUUGUAUGUUGAAAUCUACACAUCAGGCCACAAGUGACGCAAAAAAACAAACCAAUUCAUUGACUUUUGUAACUGGAAAUCUUUUAUCGCAUAGCGACAACAAUAGUAGCAUCACCAGCAGUCGAAAUAACAAAGAACUUGACACACAAAAAGAAGUUGUUUUGGGAAUGCUAGAAAAAUUCAUUGAAUCUGUUGAUUGCCAACAAGUUCUCAGCUUACUAUUGCUAAUUGAGCAAUUGCAACAACAGCAGUACCAUCAGCAACUUCAACGCCAGCAUAGUGAUACCGACUCCGUUGAAAGUAAAUUUUCACUUAUGAGGGAGGAGGAUGUAUUAAAGCAACAAAUGAGUUGUUUGCCAAAUCCAGAUGUAGUAUGUGGCAUGAUUUGUCAGGCAAUAUGUGCAAAUCGUUUGAGGAUAAGAGACUGGCGUGAUUUUUGUUUAGCGGAUGUGUUUUUCAAAAAUAAUUUUAAACAUCUUCUGAGUAACAGCAAAGAUUUCAUGGCCUUGCUGAAGUUUGUCAUCGAAGUGGAUGUUGCAAACUUUAGUGAUUUAUCGUAUGCAACGAUUAUCCUGUCGAACGUAAUCCUCAAAACCGAGGAAAUUUAUUUAGUAAAUCACAUAAAACUCUAUUUGAAAAAUCAUCCGGCAGCAAUAGAAAAGCUGCGGCAAAAGCAAAACCAACAUCAACAACUAACAACCACCGAACAUUUGCUCUCGUCCCGUUGCCUGCUGGACAUUGACAACGACAAACCGAGUACAUCGUCUGCAGCUGCUGCCGUUGCCCAAACUUAUGUCUCCAGUAAUAUAAGUGAAAUUAACUACUUUGCAACAGUUUUGUGUGGACUGCUUGAAGAUUGUCUUACCAUUCUGACCAGCCAACAACAGACGCCGCUUACUUUCAGUCGCCAUUUUGCUGCACAAUAUACACAUUUGGCGGCCAAUUUUGUGCACACUCUACACAAAAUCUGUUUCAGUUCACAUCUCGACAAUGUCCUAUACACCAAUAUGUGCUCCGUUCUAACAACAGCCGAAUCAAAAUUCUUAAAUAUUUACUAUAAUUUGUUGAUAUUGAACAUAAGCCAAGGUAUACCAGCAUCAGUGCUUAAUGCCAACAGUUCUUUUUCUUUGAUGUCAUCCUCAUCGCCAUCAACGUUCCUGAUUUUAGCACAUAUGAAUGAGUACGACGAUGCUGUGGAUUCGAUGCUCUCUUUACAAAUCGAAUUAUUUCAACUGUUCUCAACUUUAAAGUUGCUGGAUCCUCUAACUUUGCUGGAACGUUUGCAAUUUGAUGACAUAUGCAGUAGUGUAAGGCGGGCACUUUUGCAAAAACUUUGCAGCCAGUAUAGUUCGAUAUCAACCAAGUGGAAUUUGCAGCAAGCGAAGCAACUGUUGAAUGUCAAUUUUUUGAAUAUUUUAAUUGUCGAUCAGUUUGAAUUGAUCUGCCAUUGGUGUGAAGUAGAUGAAGAAUUUUGCUCAUUAUUUCAAAAUAGUUUACUGGAAAGCCUUAAAGCGCUUAAUAAGCAUUCCAUUGUGUGCCUUUUAUAUUUAAUAGAACGUCUUUGUAAAGGCGAUAGCUGCAGCGUUACGUGUAGAGUGAAAUUUUUGAAAAUUUUAAGUAAAUUACAUCAAUUGAUGACAACAACUGCUACAUUAUCAUCAUUGUCGUCAUCAUCGUCAACAUCAUCAGCAGCACGAGCAUUGGCGACAUCAUUGAAUAGGCCACUUCAAAUGCAGAUUGAACGUUUAGCCAGGCGUCUCAUCAAUAUUUCUGGUCUUCACGAUAAAAAUGCCAUUUACGAUUGCUUUGUACAUUUAUUGCAGGAAGGAGAAAAAGGGGACCCGGAUGAAAGCGAACAACAACAACAACAACAACAACAAGAACUACAAUUUGUGAUCUUAAAUGAUUUGGAAAAUUCCUACUAUAUCAGGGACUGCGACAAUUCACCCUUAGGAGCUGUUCCUAAUAUUAUUGAUGAGGAGUGGAUAUGCAAUCAGUUAAUUAAAUUCUCGACGCGUACUAACUAUGAUACAGAGCAAAUAGUAAAAGUGCUUUUAGAAAUACAAACGGAAAAUAAGCUGCAAAUGAUAUUCAAUGAUAACAAUUUUGAUGUAAAACGAGUGCUGCGAGAAGCAAUUUCAAGCUCACUGCAGGCAAUGUUGGCAUCAUUUCGUAACAACUGCGUGCAACAUAAUCCGCACAUAAACUAUAUGCAAUUGAAUCCAUUAGCACGUAUUUCUGUUACCGCUCUUAUGUCAGGUCUUGGCCGACAAAUGAAAAUUACGAGCCGUCGCCAGCCACCAACUAAACAAAACAACAAAAGUCAGCAACAAUUUGAGCACAAUAGAAGAGCAACAGUUAUUUCUGAAUGUGAAGCCGAUACUCCGAAAAAAAAAGAAUACGAUGAUGCUAGUGAAAGAGAUGCUGUUGUCUCCGUCUGUUUGUUUGAGGCUCUUAUUGCAUUAAUAGAAAACAUUAAACAAAUCGAGAUAGUGGCUCUAAUUUAUGUAGAAACAAAACUCAUCGAUAAAUUUGUGAGUGAGCACUUGUUGCGACCGGACUACCUUGCGACAUUAUUACAUUUUAUAGAGUGGUGCUGCAAUUACAUACAAGCAUUAUUGAGCGGACACAAUAGUGGUAGUGGCAGCAGUAGCAGUAGGUGCUUGCCGACAUUAACAUUUGAACAAAGACACCAAGUUACGGUUUUAUUGCGAUGCCUUGAUGUACUUUUACAUCAAAAAUUCAUUUGGCGUGCUCUCAAUCAACCGGAAAAAGUUAAAGCUUUACAUGAGGGCGCCAGUGGUAAUGGCGGUGGUGACGGAGAUUCAUGUAUUGGUUAUGGUCUGACAAAGUGUGAACAGAACACAAUUAUUUGCUCUCUACUGGAUGUUGUUGUUUGCGCAGCUACUAUGUUAUUGGAGAAUACUGCUUUUUACAAGAAAUAUAAAAAUGCUUUGAGGUCUGAGGCUUCCUCUAAACAAAACUUCGACAAUGAAACAUGGUUGGCGGCUGUUUACGCUCCCAAAGCAAUAUUUGUUGGAAAAUUAAUUGAAACUGAAAUUGGCAAACAGUUCUUGGCAUCGGCAAACAUUGAAUUUGUUGGUGGCUUCUGUAACGAUAAUAAUAAAUUUAAGGACUUCAAUUAUAAUGUCGACUAUAUACCGUUGCAAACGAUCCUUUCGAUUGGUGUCUCGACCUUAAAAACACAUCUUUUCUAUACGAUUGCCGUGACUCCGUUUGAGAUCGUGCAAGAGCAACUGAAAAAUGAAUUUAGUUUAGGUAAAGAAAGGAUAUCCAUGCAUACUUCAAUGUCGCCUACAAAAACUUCACAUUCAUAUCAGAGAGACGAAGUUCCAGCAAUCAAUCGAAGCUUACCUGUCAUACCAAUUGAAAGUCUUAGCGAUGUUGACAUCCUGCGCAGCUUUGUCAAAAGAUUAUCAAUUUUUGGUUUUACAACACGUCAACAGUUCGAAGAAUAUUUUAUGACAUUUUUGCUGCUAAUCAAUAAAGUUUACGAGGAAAAUAUGGUGGACCAACAAGAACAAUUUCAAAUACGUAGUACUUGCUUGGAAGCUAUUAUGGAACUUUUAAUUACAUACAAAACUUUUCCAAUUGUGGGUAAUAAACUUUUACUCUAUCAUCAUACGACUAGAUGGAGUCGCAUUAAUUGCGACAGCAUAAGCAGCUUCAAAAAGUUACAUAACGUGCAACUUAUGAUAUCCGGAUCGAAUGUUUUCUAUCAUCCAAAUUUGGAACGGAAUCUUUUGAACGACAUUGUGAUCGGUACACAUAACUUUUGGGUUAAUCAGUACGACUUAAACUUUAUUUGGCAUCGUAUGGAGUCCUCUUCUGCUCAACAUAGCCCACUGAAUGAAGGCGACGGUAGCCUUGCUUUUGAAGAAGAAUUUCCAGCAAGAAAGUCAAGCCCUACGUCGGUUCAAUUAGAUGGUAAAACCGCUAAUGUUGCUUAUCGCAAUUUUCAAUACUUUACCACACACUCCGGUAUCGAUUACAAAAGCAGUACGCAGCUAAUAUUCGACGUGUUAAUGCAAUUGAUUGAACACAAUCACAUUUUGGUUCUGCCGAACUUGGUAAAAUUUAUGGAGAUCUGCGAAGAUCGCGAUCAAAUUAAACAGAUAUCUAAAAAAGCGGCCUACUUGCAAUCCCAUAUACCCAUGGAUGACACAGUUUCUCAUCAGCACUUGAUUUAUUUGCUUUGCAAAACCAAUGCAAUGCUAAUACCCACGUUAGCAGAAGUACAACAUCUGGAGUCUUUAUUGAGGAGCUAUUUAAAAUCGUCUCAUGUUUUUAUUCGUUGCGCUACGCUAUGUGGUGUUCUCAGUUUGUUGGAAUGUUGUCAUAAGACCAAUACAUCAAUAGGGAAAUUAAGCGAUGAAUUGGAUUUGUUGAAACAGCUUUCAGUGAAUUAUAUCGAUAAAUAUGGCGUCCUGAGCGAGAGUUCAAUUCAAUGCAGUGACAUACACACGAAAUUAGUAUGGACUCUGAAUUAUUGCCUAAUGGAAUGGCUUUGGAAGCUGGAUUCCCAGUUUAACACCUCAGCCCAGGUUGAAAUGGCUGUCAGCAAAUUAUUAGAGGAAACCAGCAAUGAACAGAUUUAUGUUUGCGUUUUACAUGGCUUGGAACGUAUGAUUGUCCUCAACAAUCGAAAUUGUAAUUCUGUUGACGGGCAAAACCAAUUGCUCUCUAGUGUAGAAAAACUUGCACUUGAACUGGCCAAGGUGGAGAAUGAGAAAUUUUCAAUUCCUGCUCUAAAAUUGCUUGUGUCGUGCAUCUAUAUCGGCUCGUUAAAGCAACUGGAAAAUACAGAGCUAAGUAACGGCAUUGUACACGAUGAUCCGGAGAUAAUCGUACAACAGACGGAUAAAGUUGAUGUUCUACUGCAAUGCAUUAAAACCGCAACGCGAGAAACUGCCUGGAUUUAUGGGCAAAUAUUGUGCCAAAUUAUACGUGAUUUAGUGCCUCCUAAAGAAAUACUAACGAAGGUCAUAAAAGAGUUGUUGGCCAUAAAUCACCCGCACAGUGACGUUAUUGCCAUGAUUGUAUUUCAGGUAUUCCGUUCGGCCAUUGAUUCUUCAUUUUUGCAACAAUUACAAGAUUGGCUGACCUGCUCGUUACCCACGUUUCUGUCUCUAAAUGAACCGAAAGCGGUGUGGAGCCUGACUGUUGUCUUGCUUUCGGCAUCAAUAAAUCCUCAUUUAAUGAAACUAUUUCCUUUGGUUCUUAACUAUGGUGUGCGAACGGCGACAAGAACGAAUGUAGCAGUGGCGGCGGCAGCAACAACGACGACGCAUGGAUUUGCUGAUGAUGAGGUUACUGCGAAAUUAGGUCAUCACGAAAUUGGUAUGUUCGUGACAUCUGCACAAGAUUUCUAUAUGAAAUUGAGCAAAGAACAAAAACAACGUUUUCGUGAAGCCUUCAAGGAAUUUCAUCAUAUUAAAGUCUACAACAAGAUGUUGCAAAGCCUGUAAAUUACACUGAAAGCGAAGCACGAAAGUGUUAACAAUAAUUGCUGAGCGUGAAGUGGUAUGGACGUAGUAAUGUGUUAUAUUGUAGUGCUAGGUACGGAAUGGAAAAAAGUUCGUUGGCUGCUUUUUAUAUAACUUUAGGCAAAAUAUGAAAGUUUCGCAAAGAAAAGAAGCAAAAUAUCUUAAGAAAAGAAAUUAAAAUUUAUUUAAGUUUAAGAUUUAUCGAACGUAUAAUAUCGCUUCAAUGGUAAAGCGCUCAACUACCAAUUACAUAUUAAUCCUUUAUUUAAUUGCAAAA